AAUAAAAGUAAGUGUGGAAUAAAAUGAAUAAGAAGGUGUUGGGUUUGGGAGCGAGAGAGGGGGUUAGGGCAGAAUCAGAAUGGGGAUCCGAUUCGUGUUGAUGGUGAACAAGCAAGGCCAAACUCGUCUUGCUCAGUACUACGAAUACCUCACUCUCGAUGAGAGACGCGCCCUCGAAGGUGAAAUCGUUCGCAAAUGCCUCGCCCGCAACGAGCAACAGUGUUCCUUUGUUGAGCACCGCAACUACAAAAUAGUGUAUCGCCGCUACGCCUCUUUGUUUUUCCUCGUUGGAGUCGACGACGAUGAGAAUGAGCUGGCUAUUUUGGAAUUUAUACACCUCUUGGUUGAAACCAUGGAUCGUCAUUUCGGCAAUGUGUGCGAGCUAGAUAUUAUGUUCCAUUUAGAAAAGGCACAUUUUAUGUUGGAGGAAAUGGUCAUGAAUGGUUGUAUUGUGGAGACAAGCAAAUCAAAUAUUCUGACUCCAAUUCAGCUGAUGGAUAAAACAUCUUGAAGGAGGAAAAAGAAAGAAUGCUCAGUGAUUAAUGUAUCAUUGUUGACUCACUGCUUUCAAUUUCAUUGUGUACAACAAAUUAGGACACAUAGGACCGCUUGUUUAGGCUUAAAAAAGUGAUUUAAAAAAAAUGAUUUAUUUUUAAGAGUGUGAAUGAAAAUACGAGUGUAACUUUGGUUUUAUUUUCCUUGCCCCUUUUAUGAAUGAUUAUUCACUUUUCUGUUUA